AUGUCACAAAAAUCUGUCUGUGGUGUUAUUACUGUGUUCACAGGUAAGGCAAACUGCCCUUACUAUGCCAAAGCUGAACUCCUGGCUGACUAUCUCCAGGCUAACUUGCCAGACUUUAGGGUUCACAAGAUCACUCAGCACCCUGACAAAUGGGAGCAGUGGCUUGAUGACAUUUGUGAAAAGAAUGGAUGGGAACACAGACAGUCUCCUAUCAUUUGGAGAGAACUGUUGGACCGUGGAGGGAAGGGUCUGCUUCUGGGAGGAGUUGAUGAUUUUCUGGAGUAUGCUCAGCGCUAUUAUGGCAUCACAUCAAUGAUGUUGAGUGAGGAUAUGUUAGACAUUGCUGAGGAGAACCUGCAGGUGCAUAUUGAAACUGAAAAAGAGGAGGAAGAGAUUAAAAGUCUCAUCAAGCCUUUGCAGAUCUGGAUCACCAGUGCAUCAGCUCCAAUCUGUUAUCAGCUGAUCCCUCUGUUGGCAAAUGGAGAAGUGUUUGGGAUGACCACAGAAAUCAGUAUCCAUUUGCUUGACACCAAACAAUUUAAGGAAGUUCUUUGUGGUAUUGUAAUGGAAGCUGAAGACAUGGCGUUCCCACUCCUCCGCAGUAUUUCAGAGCACACCGAAAUAGAUGAGGCUUUUAUUCAAGCUGAUGUUAUCAUUGUUCUUGAUGAUGUCCUCUUAAACUGUGAAGUCCAAUCCCUUGAGAACUACAUAAGAGAAGUGUGUAAGAUCUGUCAAGUGUAUGCUCCCCUGAUUGAGAAGAAUGCCAAGAGUGAGGUCAGAGUAAUUUCAUCAGGAAAAACUUUUGUAAACCUUAAGGCGAUGAUGAUUAUGACAUAUGGCCCGUCCAUUAAGCCUGAAAAUGUCAUUGCCAUUGCGACACCCUGGGAAAGUGCAGCUAAAGCCAUGCUGGCCAGGAAGCUGAAUAUGAAUGCAGCAGGAGUUAAAGAUGUGAUUGUUUGGGGCAAUAUUACUGGCCGUAACUGCAUUGAUUUGUCACAUGCAAAACUUUAUGGGUAUGACUGUGCUAUUUGGGGCCCAGCUAAUUUUUCUCGUCCUUUGUUGAAUAUGGUUUAUGAUAGUGAAUGGAUCCAUUCAGAAUUUCUGUCUGCACAGAGUUCACUGGGUUCCCGGGUCUGUCAUUGUGUAGGAAUGUUACCUGCUCAUGCAGUAGCCACUGUACUGAGAUACUGGUACCAUGGCUCUCCUCCUGGGGAAAUUGUUUCUGUGGGAAUACUUACUAAAGGUCAAUUUUGCAUUCCUGAAGGAAUUGUCUUCUCUAUGCCAGUGAGGUUCCAGAAUGGUAACUGGGAAGUCAUGACAGAAUUAGAAAUUAAUGAAACAACCCAAGAAGUUCUGGGACGCUUAGCCCAUGAGCUGAUUCAGGAAAAGCUUAUUGCACUAAAGGAAGUAAAAGAAGUGCAUCCGUAUGGAAGUGAUAAAAUCACUAGUGAAAAAUAUUUGCGUCAAGGUGGGUUUUUCUCUCCAUAA